CCGCAAUCGCAUGAAGCAGGCCAGAGCUGCGCCCACCGUCAUCGCCACGGACCGCGCGUCGUACCUCUCGUCCGGCUCGGACGCGCCGGGCCACAUCUUCAUCGACCUCCGUAGCCCGCAGACCGACGGCCGGUCCAGCGGCGGCGCGCUCCGGGACGGCCCGAUCCCGGUCUACACGAGCCCCGAGGUUAUCGGUGUCCUCGCGCAGUACGCGGCGAUCGGGCUGCUCUACGGCGCGAUCCCGAACCUCCUCUUCCCGCUCUUCACGGGCUACUUUCACAUGUCGGGCAGCCAGUACAACUCGGGCAAGGCGCUCAUCGGCAUCGGCUGGUCGCUCAAGGUCUUUGUGGGCAUGCUCUCGGACUGCGUCCCGAUCUUUGGCCGCCGCCGCAAGUUCUGGAUGAUCCUCGGCUGGCUCGCCUGCCUCGGCUGCAUGAUCGUGCUCGCCACCAUGGACAUGGGGCCGCCGUACUACCCGACCGCCGACCUCGCGGCCCGGAGCAACCUCUCGGUCGCCGAGAAGGCGGCGCUCAACAUGGACGCGCCACAGAAGGGCGGCGUCGUCGGCCUCCUCCUGGGCCUUGCCACGCUCGCCUACAUCUUCGCCGACGUGCCCGCCGACGCGCUUGUCGUCGAGAUUGCGCAGCGUGAGCCCAUCGACGUGCGCGGCCGCAUGCAGACGCUGGUGUACGCGACGCGCACCGUCUUCUCGUCCUUCUCGGUCGCCGUCAUUGCGAUCGGGCUCAACUCGUUCAAGUUUUCCGGCUCGUUCGACUGGGACAUGGGCAUCCACACCAUGUUCAUCCUGCUCGGCGUCGUCUGCGCCGUCAUGGUGCCUCUCACGCUCCUCUGCGUCCACGACCACUACCACCCGGGCUUCCACUUUGGCGAGUACCUCCUCCGCUUCUGGCACGUGAUCCAGAAGCGCGCGACGUGGCAGGUCAUGGUCUUCAACUUCGUCUUCAACUUUCUCAGCUCGGGCAUCACGUCGACGGCGGCGCCGUACGUCAUGAAGCACUGGGCGAAGGCCGACAACCUCAACUACCAAGUGCUCAACCUCGCAUCCGGCUUCCUCUUCGCGAUCGGCCUCAGCGUCCUCGGCAAGUGGGGCAUGCUCUGGAACUGGCGCUACGUGCUCGUGCUCACGACCAUCAGUGGCAACGCGAUCGAUGCGCUCGUGCAGUUCACGACCAUCUUCGAUGUCAUCCGCGACCAGUGGUGGUACCUCGGUGUGCCCCUCGCCGAGAACCUUCCGUUCUCGAUGCAGUUCAUCGUGACGACGUUCAUCAUUGUCGAGCUCGCCGAAGAAGGCAGCGAGGGCAUCAUGUACGGGCUCAUGACGACCGUCUCCAACAUGCCGUCCGUGCUUGGACCGGUCGUGGCCAACGCGAUCUUUGCCAACUUUGACGUGACCGAGGACGACAUCAAGGCGGACACGGCCCACGUUCGCCGCCACGUUGCGUACACGUACGUCAUCUACUACAGCACGACGCUUCUCGCGUGUCUCUGCGUCGUGCUGCUGCCGAACCAGAAGAUCGACCUCCAGCACAUGCUCCGGUACGGCGGCAAGUCGGCAACCAUGGGCGGCCUCGCGCUCGGCUUUUGCUUUCUCGUGCUCGCAUAUUCGAUCUGCGUGAGUGUGCUCGGCAUGUUCGCGUCAACGUCGUGUCUGCCCAUCGCGGGCGGCGACGGCUGCGACGUGGUGUAGCUGCGCAUCAGGUUGAUUUUUUUAAUUUACCGCGUCGUCUGCUGUCGACUGCUCUGCUUGGGUUCCUGGCGG